AUGCCAAUAAAUUCAACAUUAAUUAAUCGUAAUGAUGUUCAUGAUUAUUAUGCUGAUAAUUUUCCUUUACCAUAUGAAGAUGAUGAUGUAAAUUUAGAUCUAACAAAUCAAACAUAUUAUGAUGAUUAUCUAAUAAAUAAUAAUCAAACAUUUAAUUUAACAAAUUUUGAUGUAUUAUCAUUAUCAUCAAUAUUUUCAUUUUCAAGUCCAUUUUCAUAUAUAAUUUUAAUUUUAAUUGUUUAUGCUAUAUUAACAGUUAUUUUACUUUCACUUAGUUUAUAUAAACAAAGACAAGUUGAAAUGGAAAAUUUUUAUUAUGGAGAUACACAAGAAGAAAUUGAAAAAGCUAAACGUUGUUUAGUAUGGAAACAAUUAUUAAUUGGAAAAAUAACAAAAGGUGAUAUGGAACCUUUAUUAAUUGAUACAUAUUCGAACUCUGAUGGAAUAAUUUCUGAAUCUAAAACAGCAACAUUUCCAUUGCAAAUCGUAUGA